AUGUUCUAUGUGGUCCAAUGGUCAGCCAAUCUAGAUCUGAAAUAUCCUACAAUGAAUGCCAUACCUUUAUGGGCUCAUGUUAGAGGUGUCCCCUUCGAUCUCUACACCCGAGAAGGCCUCAGCCUUGUCGCUGGUCUUGUAGGAGACCCUGUGGAAUCAGAUGAGUUCACUAUAAGGAUGACUAACUUGGAUGUCGCUCAUCUCAAGGUUAGAGCAAACUGUAAUAAACCCUUACCUGCAGUGGUUGAGCUGGUGAGGGAAAAUGGAGAAAUCUUGCCGAUUUCAGUUGAAUACCCUUGGGUCCCUCCAACAUGCCCCCGUUGCAAUCAACUUGGUCACCUUCAAACUAAAUGCCCAACUGCCCAGUGGAUUCCAAAGAGAAACCCUGUUGAAAGCUCCACUGAAACUACAAUCUGUGCUCAUGAUAGCCCUAACCCAGUUGUCCCUAACUCUCCCAACGUUGGCCCUUCAGUUACUGUUGAUCUCACUAACCCCCCUUUCACCCAUUACUCCCCUACCUUGCCACCUGACCAACAACUUUCUCCCCAACCUCCAGAAACUAGUUCUGAAAUGACCAUUUACCAGUUUGGGCCUGACCUACAACCUGGACCACCUGAAAAAAUAACUCAUGUGGUUGGAUUGCGUGAUGAAAGAAGGCCUCCAUCCCAAUACAUCCAUAUCUCCCCCAAAAAAUCCAAACCUCAUAAUCCUAAAAUGCUUACCACAGUUCCUGAUCUUGUGGUGGCUUCCAUCCCUACUCCAACAAAAAACUUUUUUUCCUGCCUAGCUACUCUUAAUCCGGACUCUCUUGGUCCUGUUACUCCUUUCAGUUCUUCCCAGUUAGUCUCCUCAUCACUCCAAAUAACCAUUUCUCCUGUUAAAACCAGGGACUUGGGCAGCCACUCAAACACUGAACCUUCCUCUCCUUCUAAUCCAUUGCCUACCAUACCAAAUUCCACCUCUUUUACUCCCUCUAUCUCAACCACAAAUCUAGGCAUCAAUGACUAUGCUAAGCAUCAAGCUUUUUUGAACUGGCUACAUGUAAAUACUGUCGGAUUCGGAGCUAUUUUGGAAACCCACAUAAAAGAAACCAACUUGAACCAAGUUAUGUCGAGCCUGUGCCCUCAGUGGUCUUACCUCAUUCUCAUUUGGAAGUUCCCUAUGGUCGUGUCCAUCCUUCACAAAACAAAGCAGAUGAUCACUUGUAAAGUUUCAGGGCCUGGGACUCCACCCUUUUUGUCAACAGCAGUUUAUGCAUCUAAUUUUCCAGCUGAAAGGGAGAAGUUAUGGGAUGACCUGAUUCUUGUCAAUCAAAGGUUUCGUACUGAUUCUACUCCCUGGAUCAUUGCCAGAGACUUCAAUGAAAUCACCCACUUUGCAGAGCACUCUUCACCUACUCUCAAUCACCUAUCUGCUCAGAUGAUAAACUUCAAAACUUGUCUGGAUGACAUUGAAGUUAGAGAUCUCAGAUAUCAGGGCCCACAGUUUACUUGGUCGAACAAGCAGCCUGUCAACCCUACUGCAAAAAAGUUAGACAUAGCCCUUGUUAACGAGAAAUGGGUUUUCACGUUUCCUCAGAGCAGUGCCCAUUUCCAUCCUCAUGGGUUGCUUUCCGACCAUGCUUCUUGCCUCAUUGACUUGGCAUGUCCUAUCAUUCCUGCUGGAACCAAACCCUUUAAAUUCUUCAAUUACCUAACCUCCCAUCCUGAUUUCCUCCUUACCUUAGCCAACUCCUGGGUUAUAUCUGAAACAGAGGAUUGCUCUCUCANUUACUUGAGCCUAAAANAGAAAGAGAUCAAAAGAGCCUUAAAGAGACUUAAUAAAGACAAUUUCUCAGAAAUACAAAAGAGAGUUUGUGAGGCUAACGGUUUGCUUAAGAUUGCGCAGGUUACAGCAUUACAACAUCCCACAGAGGCAAAUUUCUUGGAGGAAAGGCUAGCCAUACAAAAAUUAUCUAUGCUUCAAGGGAUUGAAGAAGCUUACUUCAAACAGAAAACAAGGAUAAACUGGCUCAAGGUCGGGGAUCAGAACACAAACUACUUUCACAGGGUUGCUCAGGCCAGAAACUUUUACAAUGUUAUCCUCUCACUUACUGACCUUAAUGGUGUGGUAGCCAUAACUCCUGCUGAUGUUGCAUCAAUGGUUGUUUUCCAUUUUCAUUCAAUUUUAGGGCCUGCCCCUUGCUCAAGGAUACCUAACAUAGAGGUAGAAAUAGCCAAGUACACUGAAUUCACCUGUUGA